CAAAAUGGCGACCUAGUGUUCGGAUUGUAAAUGCGGUUAAUACAAGUCAACAUGUCACUUUCAAGAGUUUCUUCUUUCGUCAAAUGUCUUGAUCGACGCAGUUUACUUGCGGAAUGCUGUCAGCGAUGUUUGUCGACGACACGCGGCGCAAUUAAACAACUAUCAGGGGGUUCCCUUUUAUUUCCAGACGCUCAUUUUCAACUUCACCGAAGAAACAUCUCAUUUUCAGUCCACAAGACAGAUGAUGCAAAGAAACGUGUUGUGAAACAGUCUCAGCUGUUAGAUGUGUUGGAGGCUAGGAUCCAGCAACUUCAGUGUGAUGGCCUUCUUGAUGUCCACAACGCAAAGGUGGAAUUUCUUCAAGCCCACUCUUCCACAAGACUCACUUCCUCUGGUAAAAGUUCCAAGAACACAAUUGUGGACACACCUCUGGAAUGGCCUGACAUUCCCAAAUCAGCGCAAAAGGCCAACAAGGAAUUCUCUAAAUCACAGCCCAGUCGCUGGAUGGAGAAAUUAACUCGGGAGAAGAAGAACAAACUGAAGAGACGGAAGAUCCUCAAGCAGAAAUUGAAAAACAACAUCAAUGAGAAACCAGACGAAAAGUAUUCAAACUCUCAAGUCAAACUUAAACUUCCUGGUACAACUUACAAAACAAUAUCAACUUCAAAGAGCAACAUGACAAUGCACACUGGUGCUGUUGUUUCUUCCAUCAACGCCUCUGCUGCUCCUGCAGCAGGGAAAGUCAUCACAAAAUCAAAAUCAACGUCACAAAAAUCCCUCAAAGGCAAAAAAAAUGAGUCUAAGAAUGAAGUUCCUAGUCCAAAGACCCAGCUGACAUCAAAGGAGUUGGCAGAGGUGGAGAAGCUGGAGAGGAGGCUCAGGCAGCAAGUGGACCAUUUGUCCUGCUCAAGUCAACCAGAGCGCCCUCGGCAGGGCACAGAAGGAGCUGCAGGCGACAUCCGCUCCAGCAUUGUGUCUUACCUGGAGACGUGUGUGUUUGCGGGGCACAUCGACCGGGCGCAGAAUUUCCUACUCAGCCAGCACAGAGUUAGGAGUCGACGCACACUUCUAAACACGGACGUCUAUAACAUUAUGAUGCGUGUCUGGGCCAAGAAGGGCACCUUGAAUCCGAUUGGUCGUUUGUUUAUUCUCCUAGAGGAGGCGGGACUGCGACCAAAUGUUGUGUCCUAUAGUGCUGCCCUGGAAUGUAUGGGCCGGAAUGCUAACUGUCCUCCUCGACUUAUUUCGAGGUGCUUGAAGCACAUGGAGGAGGACGGCCUCUCUUUGGACGACAUCUUCAGCCAGUGUGUGUUCCAGCUCGAUGAAAGAGACAUGGUACUGACGGCUGCACGGGUCAUUCACCCCGACUACCAGCCUGCCCCCAUCCUUCCCACAAGUCAAAGCUAUUCUUCAUUGGUUCACGACUUCUACACAAAGAGGGAUAACCACCAAUUCCCAAAGCUGAAUUUCACUCGAGAGGAGCUCCAGGAACGUUUCAAAUUCCAGCUCAGUGUAGAGCAGGCAUGCACUGUCUCUAUUGACUCUGUGGAGGCUGCCAAGCCCAUCACAAAAAACAUGGCCAAAAUGAGGGCGCUGCUGGUGGAGCGACGGGCUCAGUGGCGCAAGGACCUCCUGCAGGCCUGGAGAGACAGCAAGAUGAUCCUGGCCAAGACCAACACCAGGGAUUUCAGACAUAACCUUUAUCCAUACCUCUGUGUGCUAGAGGACAGCGCAUAUGUUGACAUCAUGAUACAGAGUGUUGCCAGCAUGCCACCCAGUGGAGAGUCCCUGCUAAUUUUAGCCAAAGAUCUGGGCAGCCGGGUCUACACAAAGUACACAGUCCAGCAGAAGUAUCGCAGUCAGAUAUUGGAAAAGUUGGGCAAUAUUUACAACACUUACACAGACGUACUGGCCAAAGAUACCAAGGCUUAUGACAUUCUUCCCAGAGAGCAGUGGUGCAAGCUGGAGACUGAGCACCCUUCGGGGCCAACACUGCAAACGUGCGAAUCCAGCUGGCCGCACAUGGUUACUCUGGAGUUGGGAACGUACCUGUUGGAGUUGAUGGUCAAAAACAUGAAAAUCAAUAGCGACAUCCUGAACCCGGCCUACGUCAGGAAGCAAAUCCCCAUCCUUUACCACAUGUACACCUUUCGGAGCACCCACCAGGUGGGCUUUAUUAAGCCCCAUCCCAUCCUGACUCAGAUCCAACAGGAAGCAACUGAGACCAAAUUGACCUUUGACUCCUAUGUGAUGCCGAUGCGCUGCCCUCCCGUUCCCUGGACAUCGGCCAAAUUCGGCGCUUACCUGUUGACACCCACCAAACUGAUGCGCACCAAUGAUGGAGCAACGCAGCAUGAUGACUUGUUGGAGCGGUGCGGGAACCUCUAUGCAGUCCUAGACUCCCUUAACCAGCUGGGCAACUGUGCCUGGAGGAUCAACAAACCUCUCUUGGACAUAAUAAUCUCCAUCUUUAAUGAUCGGGGUAGUGACAAGCUAGACAUUCCUCCUCCCUUGUCAGAAGCCCCCAAAGUACCCCACUUUAACCCCCAGGAAACCUCUUACACUGCCAGCGAGAAGGCCCACUUGAAAAGGGAAGUGGUCAAUGCCAGAAAGAAAUGCAGCGAGAUGCACAGCUUGCGCAUGGACGCUCUAUAUAAACUAUCUAUCGCAAACCACAUUAGAGAUGAGGUCUUCUGGUUCCCGCAUAAUAUGGAUUUCCGGGGGCGCACAUACCCCUGCCCUCCAUACUUUAAUCACCUGGGAAGUGACGUGACCCGCUCCAUCCUGCUGUUCGCAGAGGGGAAGCCACUAGGACCGAAAGGCCUGGACUGGCUCAAGAUCCACUUAGUCAAUCUGACUGGGUUAAAAAAGAGGAGCUCACUACAGGGAAGGCUGGAGUACGCCAACACUAUCAUGGAGGACAUACUCGAUUCUGCUGACAACCCCUUGAAUGGCAGGAAAUGGUGGAUGAAUGCAGAUGAGCCAUGGCAAGCGCUCGCCUGCUGCAUGGAGAUCGCCAAUGCUGUGAGAUCUCCAGACCCGACGCGGUUCAUCUCUCAUUUCCCUGUGCACCAGGACGGCUCCUGCAAUGGUCUCCAGCACUAUGCUGCCCUCGGUCGAGAUGUUAUUGGUGGCACAUCGGUCAACCUCGUGCCCUGCGACGUGCCGCAAGAUGUGUACAGUGGCGUAGCGCAGCAGGUGGAGGAGUUCAGAGUCCGGGAUGCUGAGAGCGGCCUGAAGAUCGCUCAGGUCCUGGAGGGCUUCAUCAGCAGGAAAGUAGUCAAACAGACUGUGAUGACCGUGGUGUAUGGGGUCACGCGCUACGGGGGAAGACUCCAGAUCGAGAAGCGGCUGAAAGAGAUUGAUGAGUUCCCUAAGGAAUAUGUGUGGGAAGCAUCUCAUUACCUGGUACGUCAGGUGUUCAGUGGCCUUAAGGAGAUGUUUACAGGAACCAGAGAGAUUCAGGACUGGCUGACAGAAAGCGCCAGGCUCAUCUCUAAGACGGGCCACACUGUGCAGUGGGUGACGCCCCUGGGUUUGCCCAUCAUCCAGCCCUACCACCGCACACGUAACCAAGUGCUGAAGAGCACCAUACAACAGCUCAACGUCCAGAUCAGCCAUGACACAAAAGAGAGGCCAGACACGAUGAAACAGAAGAAUGCCUUCCCACCAAACUUCAUCCACUCGCUGGACUCCACCCACAUGAUGUUGACAGCUCUUCACUGCUACAGAUUUGGUUUGACAUUCGUCUCAGUACACGACUGUUUUUGGACACACGCCCUCACCGUUGACACCAUGAACAAGGUCUGUCGGGAGCAGUUUGUGGCACUGCACAAUCAGCCCAUCCUCCAAGAAUUGUCCGACUUCCUGCUCCACAUGUACUGCACUGACCUCACGCCUGACACCAAAAACAAAAAGUAUCUGGAGUACCGGAGGCUCAUGCUACUGCUGGCCAAAGUGCCUCAGACAGGGGACUUGGAUCUCGACAGAGUCAAGGAAUCCACGUACUUCUUCAGCUGACUGCCUCAUGAUCGACUGAGCUUGGGUGCCACCUUCCUUAUGCAUCAGCACGUUGAUGAAGGCCAUGAAAGUACCCACCACCACCCCCUGUUGGUUUACAAAAACGUUCUUUGACUUCCUGGUGGACCCGCCUGAUUGGAGGGGCUCAUAUCUGGGAAAGGGGCGUGGCACUCAAAGACUUGAAUCAGGGAAAAGAUGUUCUCAUAACAAACCCUUUUCUUUGGCGCGAGUGCCUCUGAUUGGCUGUGUGUGAGAGUGUGAUGGACAGGCAGGUAUGUAAGGACCCCCACAGUGGACUGACUUACCUCCAUCAUUAUCAUCAUCAUCUUGAGUGGUUUGGAAGCAGGAUGCUGGCUGGGAACUGUGAAGAAUACGGCCAAGGUGGCUCCUCCAAAACAUCUCUGGUACACCUCACUCUCUCAGCACUUGACAAUCAUUGUCAAAGACAUGAAACGGAACGCGUUCUUCAAAGUAAAACGUGUUAAAUCCAACACUAUGAAGAUGAAGAAGCUGAACAGAGCAUUUAAAAAUAGCACAAUUGUGUCUGGAAAGUGUGGCUGAGUGACAAUAAUGUCAUGUGAGAUGAUUAAUGCCUCAUAUUUUAUAAUAAGCAGCACCAGCAGCUUCCCUCAUAUUUAAAAAUUAUUUCAUUGUUGUGUGGAGUGCUGGAAAUUUUGUGUGCCAGGGAAGAUGCUGAUUUGCAACUAAAAUACAUUGUGUUAUUGUCAGCUCAAUACAUUAAAAGAUGUAUUAUUUUUUAGUAAAGUAUUUCUCUGUUUUAUUUCUUCAAAUGAUUACAUGAGGACAUUAUAGAAUAUGAUGCAACGACUUCUGGAUUUUUGCGUGAAGCUACUGUAUCUUAUCUCAUAGUGGACAAUGUGGUGAAUUACAAUAUAUUUAAUCCUUUGGGCAAAAUACAAUACAUAACAGAUUUUCACAUUAACAUAUUUCUAGGCCGCUGCACAGCGGACGAGUGGUUAGAGAACAGGCCACACAGCUAGGAGACCCAAGUUCGAUUGGAGUUUACAU